UUGUGCGUUGGGCUUGGCUCUACAUGCUGAAGGUAGAGGGUGUGAUGCCCACCAGUACCUGGGGUACCCCUGUGGUCAUGUCAUGCUCACCUGCUGUGAAGAUGAGGGGCUCAGCCUUAACGCUAAGGAGAGGCCCAGACCUACAGCCCUGCCAAGAAAAGACGUGAAUGAGUGUGUGACCAACAGCCACAAUUGCCAGGCCAGUGAGCGCUGUGUGAACACCGUGGGGUCGUUUGUGUGUGAGAGGACAGUCACUUGUCCUGCUGGCUACCAGCUCAGGAACGGAGUCUGUGAGGAUAUUGAUGAGUGUACGUUGAACAGCCACAACUGUGGUGGACGGUUUGAAUGUGAGAACACUGAGGGCUCCUUCCUGUGUAACCCUAAACAGAGAUGUCUCACAGGCUUCACCCAGGACUCACAUGGAAACUGCAUUGACAUUAAUGAGUGCAGUAGUCUAUCCGAUCCAUGUAGUGCUGGUAACUGUAUCAACACUGUUGGGUCCUAUACCUGUCAGAGGAAGGUCAUCAUGUGUAGCCAGGGAUUCCACUCCAGCCCUGAUGGAACACGCUGCAUCGAUGUGAAUGAAUGUCAGACAGGUAACCAUGGGUGUGGUGGGGGCCAGGUCUGUCACAACCUCCCUGGUAGCUACCGCUGUGACUGUCAAACAGGCUACCAGUACGAUGCACUACGCCAGGUCUGCACUGAUGUGAAUGAGUGUUGGAGCUACCCCGGGAGGCUGUGUGCUCAGACCUGUGAGAACAGUCCAGGGUCCUACCGGUGUUCCUGUACAGCCGGCUUCUCUCUGGCCUUAGACGGGAAGAACUGUGAAGAUCUGAAUGAGUGUGACUCUAGUCCGUGUGGUCAGGAGUGUGCUAACAUCUACGGGUCCUACCAAUGUUACUGCAGACGGGGCUUCUACCUGAAGGAGGACGGACACACAUGUGAAGAUAUUGAUGAGUGUUCCCAGAGUAUUGGGAACCUGUGUGUGUUCGAGUGUGUGAACAUCCCAGGUAGAUAUCAGUGUGCCUGUCCCCCUAAUGGAUACACCCUGUCAACCUCCGGACACACCUGCAGAGAUAUUGAUGAGUGUACAACAGGAGUUCAUAACUGCUCUAGAGACCAGACCUGCUACAACAUCCAGGGAGGGUACAGGUGUCUCUCCUUCUCCUGCCCUCCCAAUUACAAAAAGGUCUCAGAUACUCGUUGUGAGCGCAACGUUUGUCCAGCUAACUCUGUAGAGUGCCAGACCUCUCCUCUGAGAAUCACCUACUACCAGCUGAGCUUCCAGCCCAACAUUGUCAUCCCCGCCCAGAUCUUCAGGAUUGGCCCCUCCCCCGCCUAUAGUGGAGACAACAUCGCUAUCUCCAUCACCCGCGGUAAUGAGGAGAACUACUUCUCCACGCGGAAGCUGAACAGUUUUACGGGGGCGGUGUACCUGCAGCGGCAGGUGAGAGAGCUGAGAGACUUCCUGAUCGAUGUGGAGAUGAAGCUGUUGAGACAGGGAGCCUUCACUACCUUCCUGGCCCGGAUAUACGUCUUCAUCACGUCUAACACACUGUAGCUUCUAAACAGACUGUCACCCACCACUCUCCCUAAUAUUCAUAUGGUGCUAAACUUUAUACUAGUAACUUACAUGUAUAUAUAUAUAUAUAUUUGAUC